UUCUCAGCAUGCAGUACAAGAAGAUGUUUAAAAUGGAUUUCAGUUUUUCAUUUUUCCUGCCAUGUAUGUUGAUGAUCCUGACCAUUAUUAGUGGCAACACUUGUGCUGCCAAUAAUUUAAUCACUCACAAUAAUUUCUCAGAAACACCAGUAUCACAAUAUAAUCAAUCAGGGAAAGGAGACAUAAACUGUGAACACACCUGCGACAAAGUGAUAUGUUUGAAGGAUGAUGAAAGAAAGUGCCUUGGAAAUGAUACAUCCUUUCUUUGCGUAUGCGAUCUGCUUCCAACUGUUCACAUCCAUUGUCUCCCUAAUGGAAAAAUCAGCCUGUUGUGUGAAAUAGGUGGCCAAUUCAAUGGCAAUGUUCAUUGGACUCUGAAUGGAAAUCCUGUAAGUGAUGGCUGUAUCAAGGAAAAUGGCACUAAAAUUAUUUUGGAAAAAGGUAAACGUGGCAAGUACGUUUGCCAAAGAGGAAAUCACUGUAAGAGUUCUCCUGUUGAAAUGACAUGUGAUAAUGGGGAUCUGUUGCAGCAUCCACUCUUCUUAUAUGUCCUAACAGCCUGUGGAGGUGGAGCGGUUUUACUAGCCGUCACAGCCUCAUUGAUCACAUGUUGCUGCAUGAAAACCAAGCACAAUUUUGUUCGGGUCCCUGUGGAAGACGAAAAGGAUGAGGGCAUAACCAUGUCUGCCAUUUCUAGUGAAAGACCAAAUCCUCCUCCUAAUGGAGACCAUUGUGAAGUUACAGAUGUCCUUGUUGAUAGUACCCCCAAUACUAGUGCACAAAUCUGUGAAACUUUCAAACCGGACCAUAAGGAGGAUCCAAAUCCUUCGGUGGGACCUGAGGUGAAAUCAGAAUGCAGAAGAGAGGAGAAAGAGGGGACAGAAACAGAGUUCCAAGAGGACACAAUUGACAAUGCAGCUCAGGAAGUUAUAGACGACUGUUUUCCUGAUCCUAUUGAUGCUUGAUCCACUGUGCUCCUUUUCCCCUUCUCCAGGUCUGGGGAACUGGAGUUUCUUCAUUCCAAGCUUUCUCAGAAUAGUAUAAUGUCCUUUAUAAAUUACUUACCUGCUAAUAGCAUAAGCCUACAAAUCAUUUAAAAUUAGCUCCAAAUGUGAUUUUCUGCUGUGUUCCUAUUCCUAAAGGCAUUUAUAGAAAUGAUAUAGAUAUGAGAAAUCUAAUUAUCAGAUACCCAAAUUGGAAUAAUUUCUAUUCCAAGUCAAUGUUUGGCCUUCAAACCCCCAAGAUUCUUGGCUCAUCUUAAGUAGACAUACAAAUGAUGAAACACUUUUGAGGAAUUCUAGCUCUUUUUACACUGAAAUCAGAAUCAAGAAUUCUAUAGAAAAUUCUAGAGAAAGUUUUAAGCUUCCUUGCUGAAAUGUUUAGCUGUUGCAGAUUUUUGUGAUUAAACAUGUCUACUUCUGUGCUAAGUGUUUACAUGAACCAAAACUGGUUCUUGAACCAUAAAAUCCAGGGGUUAGUAGCAGGCUCCUUAAACUACACAGGAUAUUCUCAAACUGCCUAUGACAUUUUGGGUUUUCUGCACCCUCUUUCAACAGCAGACCAUACACCAAUGUUUGGGGUCCAGAGAUUUGUCUCAGCCCAUAAUUUUCAAGAGCCGUCUGAAUUAUGAACA